AUGAUAAAACAGGACGACUUUAGCAUCCCCUUAAUCAUCAGAUGUUCAGCUCAAGAGCAAGGGGUUGAAGAAUUCUUCUUACAAACAGUAAAGAGAGGUGCAGACGGUAAAUACAUCGUACAUUUGCCUAAAGAUGACACUGUUAUACUAGAUGACUCAGAAAGCACGGCGAUCAAAAAAUUUCUGGCAAUAGAGAAAAAACUCAGUCAACAGCCACAAUUAAAAGAGGAAUACCAUCAGUUUCUGAAAAAGUACAAGGAAUUAAGACACAUGUCAUUAGUUACAUCUUCGGAUUAUAAUACAACGAAGGAAGUAUUCUAUUUACCUCAUCAUCCAGUGAUAAAGAACGAUAGUGUGACAACAAGAUUAAGAGUAGUUUUUGAUGGUUCUUCGAAAUCGUCAACAGGAGCAGCAUUGAAUCAAAGGCUAUUAAGUGGACCUAACCUUCAACAAGAUUUGUGGAGCAUAAUACUAAGAUUCCGAUUACAUCAGCAUGUAAUAACAGCGGACAUCAAAAUGAUGUUUAGGCAGACAUGGGUAGCAGAGAAAGAUAGAGAUUUACAAAGGAUCGUAUGGAGGCAAGAUCCAACAGAAGCUAUUCAAACAUACAUCUUGAAAACCAUAACAUACGGAACAACUUCUGGUUGCCGUACUUGGCAAUGCGUUGCCUACGACAUCUUGCGACACAACCGGAAGCUAUCACGAAGCCGGCAGCCGCAGAAGCCUUGA